AUGCACCCUGGAUCCCCUGCAGCCCCUGGGGUCUCUGAGCCUGGACCCCGAGAGCUGUGUGCCUUUGUGAGCGGGGCUUCGGCCCACAUGCUGCGGGCCCUGCAACCCAGGCGUAUUCGGCCUUCCAAACGCAGACCCAACCACCGGAGGUUUCUACACAACCAGAUCUGCAGGGAGUUUGCCAAGAUUGAAGCCGCCACCCAGCACCUGGCUCUGACCAUCCUGUCUCAAAAAGCCCCUGCCCAGAGACCACCGUUCCGAAGGCCACCUCCGCCGCCUCCGUCCCCCUUCCUGGGGGUGGCGUGUGCAGAGGCUCCCAUGGAAGCGCCCCACGGCAGCCCCAGCCUGAGCCCAGUUGCCCUAGACACCUCAACCCUUGAUCUCUUUGAUGACAUUCUGCUCACUCCUAACCGCCCCUUGGUGACUCCUGACAGCUUCUGCCAGACUCUCGCUGCUGGUAACCCCCAGGUGGCAUCCGAUUUCAUCUCUCAUGCUCUGGGCCCAGGAGACCAGGGACAGCCAACCCCAAUACAGGCUCCAAGGUUCUCCAAUCUUCUGCUCCCUCCCCAGAAUGCCCAAGGGGGCAUCUUGGAGCCUGCAGCUCUAGGCUGUGGUUGGGUAGACAGUUGGGAGGCACCUUAUGCCUGUGAUCCUCAGGGAAUCCUGGACAGCUGGGGAACCCUUUGA